GUUCAUUCGUCAACGACACGUAUCAGCCUCAUGUUUCGCACACAAUUCGAUGAUUCUGCUCUGUUCUAUGCGAGCGGUGAAUCGCUCAAACAUCAGUACAUCGCCGCAUCCAUUAAAAAUCAGUCAAUUUAUGUUGAAAUGGAUUUCGGUGACAUACCCAUCUCCACCGUCCUGACGGAUCAGCUGACACGUAAUAAUUGGCACAAUUUGACCAUUUCGCAUGAACAGCGUACGGUGCGCAUUAUACUCGACCAGCAGAUGAAGAUACUCGAAAUACCAGCUACAGUGAGUGGCAACCUACUCUUCGAUCCGGAAAUUUAUUUUGGCGGCGGACCGGAUUUGCAUAAGAAGAAGGGUCUGGCAUCGCAUAAUAAUUUCGUCGGUUCGUUAAAGAAUGUCUACUACAACGAUGUGUCCAUAUUGUAUGAGCUGCAUCGUGGCAAUCCGAAAGUUCACUAUCAUGGUGUUCUGGAAGCGGAAUUUCAAGAAAACGAUGUGAAUGUCAUACCAAUAACGUAUCCUUUUGCGACGUCACACAUUUGGUGGCCCAUAAAUCAUGCCGAAGAAUUUAAUAUCAAGUUCGAUUUCCGCAGUAGCCGUACAGCGGCAAUACUGGCAUACAGCGAUGUGACAACACAAGACGGAAAUGGUUUCUGGGAGAUUCGUUUGGCAGCCGAUAAACUCUGCUUUGACUUAGUACCCAAUGUCCAGAACAAUGUCACACUGGCCAUUGUGGUCAAGAUAAAUCGGGCCACCUCUUGGCAUUCCGUCGAACUAGACUAUCGAGAUGGCGAAAUUAAAUUUACCGUCGACUAUCACCAUCAGCGCACCGAAAUGUACGGCCUGACCUUUAACAUCGGUGACAAAUUGAUCAUCGGCAGCAGUUUAAAGUCAGCCGCAUCUGGUCUCGUCGGCUGCAUACGAGACAUCGAGAUUAACGGUCAUCUGAUAGAGCCCCGUCACGUGGUCAAGACGGAACGGGUGGUGGGCGAAGUGGCGCUGGACAAUUGCCAGUACAUUGAUCCGUGUAAACGGCCCAACACUUGUGAGCAUGGCGGCAAGUGUUUCGUCAAGGAUGACCGGGUGACUUGUGACUGCAAACACACCGGCUACAUUGGCAAAAACUGUCAUUUCACCAAGUACCGUAAAACCUGUGAGGAGCUGGCUCUGCUGGGCUAUACCAAAUCGGAUGUCUAUCUAAUUGACAUCGAUGGCAAUGGAGUCUUUCCGCCGGCCCAUGUCAAAUGUGACUUCCAGAGUUUGGAGAAUGCAACGAAAACAAUUGUCGAACACAACUUGCCCAGUCAAGUGGAUGUGCGUUCGUCACGUGAUUCGGACUUCAGCUUCAAUAUACGCUAUCGUGAAUUCUCACCGGAAAUGUUGCAGGAAUUGAUCUCGCAUUCGCUGUACUGUACACAAUAUAUCAAAUAUGAUUGCUAUAAGGCACAGUUGGAAUUGCAUUCGGCAACGUGGUUUACUUCGUCGGCUAAAAAUCAUACUGUGGAUUUUCUGGGCAAUGUUAAAAGAGGUGCCUGUCCGUGCUCUGUUAACAAAACAUGUGUGGAUCCCAAUCAAUCAUGCAACUGUGAUGUUAAAGAAAAUAAAUGGUAUUCGGAUGAGGGCUACUACACCGAACCACAUAGCUUAGGCAUUACACACAUGUACUUCCUGCAGCAAAAGGAUUUAGAUGAUGAAGCUCAGGGCAGAAUAACACUGGGUCCGUUGGAAUGUGUGGAGACAAAUACCCAACGUUAUGUGGUGACAUUCACCACCUCCCAAUCGUACAUCGAAGUACCUGGCUGGCGCAAAGGCGAUAUUGCCUUUUCUUUCCGUACCACAGGCGAAAAGGCAAUAUUAUUAUUCCAGCCAGCCAUACGACCGUAUCAUCCCUCCUUUAUGGUGGCCCUUACCGGCGACUAUCAAUUGACAUUCAAUUUCACCCUGAGCACUGGAACCACCCGAGAGCUGGUAAUUAACUCGCAUCGCAAGUUAAAUGGCGGCGAAUGGCAUAAAAUAUGGAUUGACUAUAAUCAGUAUCAUGUCCGUUUCAUGAUAAAUACCGACUAUCAAAUGGUUGAUCUAUUGCCCGAGGAGGAAUUUGGUCCGUUCGAGGGUAGUAUGUAUAUUGGUGGUGCCACAGCUGACCUCUUGAAAAAACUAUCCGUCAAGGCCGGUCUAAUUGGCUGUUUCCGUGGCCUCGUUGUCAACGGCGAAAUCUUGGACAUUUACAGUUACAUGUCGGUGCACUUGUCGGAAAUUAUCAAAGAUUGCAAACCAUCCUGUGUGCCAAAUCCUUGUAAAAACGGAGCCGAAUGCAAGGAGCUGUGGAGUACAUUUAAGUGUGUGUGCAACAACACUUGGGCACACAUCGGAGAGUUCUGUGAAACCAAUAUUAAUGAAAAGGCACUUACAUUCAUUAACCGCGAAUCGUUCUUGAUGCGCAACUACUUAAGUGCCACCGCCCAGCCCACCGACGCCCAAGUCGGUUUCGUUGACGAGGAACGGGAAAUGCUUAAAGGUGUCUUGAACAAGGACAUACUCAUUAAUUUACGCACUUACGACACCAACUCGAUGGUCCUGUACGCCAACGAUCAUUAUAAUAAUUUCGUCCACUUGUUCAUAACGGGCGGACGAGAGAUUGUCUUCCUCUAUAAUUACGGCGAUGAAAUUGUUAAUUUGACGAUAGUCGACGAGAGCGUGAGUACGUUGAAGAGCAUUCAAGUGGCAAUUGUACGACAGCCGGAACACACAGAGAUGCAUGUGAACGGAAAGAGUGUGGUGAUUGAGAAGGGUACCCAACUAUUAGACGAAUAUUCAAAUAAACCGUGGAAAAAUCCUGAAAUGGAGGUCCUAUCGCCCCAUCGUCCCCCAGCACCACCCACAGAAUAUUUCCAACUGAACAUUGGCGGUUAUGAUCCGGUGAAUUUGUUGCGCACCAAUUUGGAUGCACCCACAUUGCAGGGUUACAUCGGCUGUGUACGUGGUUUGAAAAUUGGUGCCUAUCUGGUCGAUUUAGCGGACAUCAAUGAGCGAAACAUUGCUCCAACUACCGAUGGCGUUCUACCCAACUGCCAAAUCAAAUGCGAUGCAGAACCCUGUAAAAAUGGCGGAAUUUGUCGAGAAAAUUUCGCCAAGCAAGAAUCGAAAUGCGACUGCGAACAUACCAGCUUUUUGGGUGAAUUCUGUAUGGAGGAGAAGGGUGCCGAUUUCAGUGGCGAAUCGACGCUACAAAGGAAAUUCGAAUUGAAUGGCAAAGUCGACUAUGUCCGUCUACAGUUGGCAUUUUCUUCGUUGGAUUUGCGACGUGCCAAUCGUGUAAUGCUGCUGUUGCAAACAGCGGCUGACCGCAGCUAUUAUUUGAUGAUAGCCAUAACGGCUGAUGGUUAUUUGCUAUUCGAAGAAGACCGUGAAGGACCGGCGGUGGGUGCACGCAUCGAUCGUAAUUUCCUGAACAAUGCACGACACUCGAUAUACUAUCAGCGUAAUUUAACAGAGGCCACAUUGUAUAUUGACCGCGAACCAGUGCCAUUGGCACCGAUUAGUGCGAGAGCAUUAACACCAUCCGCAGAUAUGGGUGCUAAUCGUGUACAAAUCGGUGGUAUUAAUACAACAGAUACACGUUUUGCUGUAUUUAAGAGUUACAGUGGCUGUUUAUCAA